AUCUAUCGGACAAACUUUUUGGAAUAUUCCGUAGUAUAUAUUGUAAAAGGAAAAAUUAAUUGCUUGGGCUGGAAAAUAUCGACAAAUAUUGAGAACAUUUCCGCGCCAAAGAGACAGGAACCCCUGUUCCUUAGGUAUUCUAAUGAGUGCAUUUAAAACGCCAGAGUAUGCGGAUCGUUUCGCAUGUCCUAUUUGAUGGCUACUCGCCUGUGUCUGUAAAAUCGACUUAACCCUUUCAACCGGCGCGAUCAUAGUUCUAAAUAUGAUCGCCAAAAUCCCGGAGAUGAUGAAAGAAGAUCCAAAAUCAACGGCACCACCGAGUAACCGAAAGAUGGUCACGUUCAAUAUGGUUCGAAGUGACAUAAAAGAGAGACUCGAAGCUUAUAGACGUCGUAAACGAAGGGAAGAAAUGAUAGAGUCUAUUAAGAAUGUGAUAAAAACCGUCCUACCGUGGAAUGGAAAUAAAUCAGGUGAAGAUUCUUCGGUGGCAGCACCGUUAAAAUCCGAUAUCAAGGAUGACCAGGAUGCGGAAAGUACCUGUUCAGAUGACAGUGUAGACCAAUCACAAUGUACAGUGCUAAGAACAGUGACAUAUCUACUGUAUUUUCUUUUAUGGGGUACCUUGUAUAUAAUUGCGAUUCAAUAUGAAUUUGGAGCAGUAUAUUUUAUUUUGUCUACAUUAAUAUUUAUUUGUCUAAAUACUCGAUCUAAACCAAAAAAGUCAGGUGAACUUAGUGCCUAUUCUGUAUUUAAUCCAAACUGCAAAGCUAUCGAAGGAACACUUGAUGCUUCUCAAUUUGAGAGAGAAAUAAGAUAUGGUAUAGGAAACAUACAUUAAUUUAAAGUUGUAGGACAUUUAAAUUGAUAAAUUAGAUUUAUCACAGGUAAAAAAUAAUACAUAUUUUGUACUAACUUGUAUGUGUAUAAAUGUUUGCGUCUAUGUAAUUCAUAAUGAUAUGCAAAUGAAAAAUAGGAACUCCAAAAUAAAAAAUUAAGCUAAGUA